GCGGGAUGUUGUUGUCUACGUCAUUCCGUGUUGCUAGCUCUCGCGGCUUUGGGGAUCCACGCACAGGUGUGAUGCAGCGGCACAUCAAGGGCGCGGGGCUCCACAGGUAAACCCCCUCUGAUCACGAGCCCAGGUGAAGUUGGAGUUCUCCUGAUGACCCUGAAGGUUCUGCUCUACUGGCCCAAUAUCAUCGGUGAGAGCACGCCUGUCUACACGGAGUCUGCUCCUCUUCUGACCCGCGGCUCAGGCGGAGCUCCGAGAUACCUCAGGAUCAGUCUGGUGUUUGCUGCCUGUUCAGUCUACGGGACACCGGUGGCGUUCCUCUGGCUGUACUUGGUGUCCGCCGCCCUCGAUGGAGUGGAUGGCUGGCUGGCACGCAGGCUGAGACAGAGGUCCAGGUUUGGGGCCUGGCUGGACGUUGUGGUGGACAACCUAAGCAGAGGCAUGCUCUGGAGCCGACUGUUUGAGUGGGGUUGGCUGGUGUCUGCUAUGGAGUGGUGUGCGUUUGUGUGUAACCACAGCAGCAGAGGGGAGCAGUGGAAGGCCAGCUUCGACAGCAGCCCCCGCCUCAUUCGGGCCAUCAUGGCGAACGGUUUCUACACUCCUCUGGGCCUGUGGGUGGUGAGCGGGCUGCACCUCCUCCCCGUGUGGCUGUAUGCGUGUCAGGAGGCCAUAGACCUGCCUCUGUGGAUCCAGGGGACGGGGGCUGUGGUCCUUACCACGGGGCGUCUCUUGGCUUUGUCCGCUGAGAUGUGGUGCAUCUGGACGCACAUUGAGUACCUGACCAGUGAUGAUCCCGAGGAGAAACGCUCCUGAAAGACUCUGCAAAUCAAGCCUUUGCUGCACACAUGCUGCAGGUUAGAACGACCAGGAAGUUCACCUCUGCUGCUCCUCAGGCCAAAGACGUUUGCAGGAGAGUCCUGGGAAAGCUUCACUGCACAGGAGAAGCAGCUUUGACUUUCUCCAAAGGUCAAAGCUGGGACACAUUAACCAGGCAAAGCUUUAUCAGCUGAAAAUUCUUUUAUUACAUUUAUGCUUAUUUAUUUGAGUUUUUUACACUCAAGAUCAUCAGUUUUGAAAUGGUCCUGUCUGUUGUUUCAUGCAUUUUUCAUAGGGUAGAAAAAAGUAUCAGUGAUGAUCUGAAAGAUUAGCCUCCCAUAUUGCAAUCAAAACUUCAGACAUUUGAUUUUAUUUGUAGUUUGUUUUUUCUUUUCUAAAGAUUUACAAAUCAAUCCCCCUAUUUCAGUUUUUAACCCCGAUAACUGAUCAUUUCUCAGUGACCUCAGCAGCUCAGAGCUGAUGGUGGUUUGUCAUCUGUCCUGUUUAGACAUGUUUCUGUUUGGCAGCUAAAGUUCUGGAGAUCUGAAAGCUGCAGCUGCUAAUUCCUAUUCAACAGCAACAAAAACUUCAGGAAAGAAUUAACUGUGAAACUGCUUUGAUUUUGGGUUUCAAAUAAAGAUUUGUGGGAACGUCA